GCAUGUGGGUUGCCUGUGGUUUUGGCGGGCUUUAAUUUCGCGCGCGUCACAUACUAAAAAAAGAAUUUCAUUUGAAUGAAAGCCAGGCGUUUUGAGAGGAGCUGUUCGAGAGGAAAAUGCUUCUCAUUGCUAAAAAAAGAUAUCUAAAAUUCCUUAAGUUUGCUUUAAUUUUCACGGCGGUUUUCAUUUGCCUUGAGCUUUUCUCGUCCAGAUCUUGCGUCGAAAGGAGGCGAGAUUUGAGUAGAGAGGAUCAUGGCCAUUUUUGGUCUUGGAUGUGGUCGUCAACAUUCUCAAAAGAUGACCCGAAGUGUGUCCAAUCUGAUCGUAUCAUAUUUUUAAAGACACACAAAACAGGGAGCAGUACAAUCACAAACAUCCUCAACAGAUUUGGCGACAAGAACAACCUCCUAUUCGCCUUACCCAAGUAUGGCUACUCAUUAAGAUGGCCUGCCAAGUUUCAAGUGUCUCACAUGGCUCCUCUACCUAUCCAACCGCAUAUUCUCGCCAACCACGCCCGUAACAAUCCACUUACUCUUUAUGAAGUAUUUCCAAAGACCUCAUGGAAGUACAUCACUAUCCUUCGCAAUCCGGUUAUGCAGUACGAGUCCUUGUUUCAUUUUUUCAAGUUUUCACAGUUACUAAAGGUCAAAGGACACCCAAAAGAGGCCUUGAGUAUGUUCCUACAGAGCCCGAGGUCUUACAAACCAUCUAAUCAUCAUACUAUAACUCACUUAGUUCGUAAUCCGAUGCUUUUUGACCUGGGCUUUGAAAAGGAGUAUUUUGAUAAUACUACAGCACUACAUGCCUACAUAGAUUUUCUGAAUCGGGAGUUUGAUCUUGUUCUCAUUAUGGACUACUGGGAUGAGUCAAUGGUUUUGUUAAAGAGGAGGUUGUGCUGGGAACUUGACGAUGUUAUCUACCUUAAACUAAACAGUCGCGUGAAUGAAGACAAGAGAGGGAACAUGAGUGAGUCAACAAAACAAAACAUCCUCAGAUGGAACCACGAAGAUGCAAUGCUCUUUGAGUUCUUCAACAAGUUGUUUUGGGCUAACGUGCGCGCCGAGGGACCCGAAUUUUACAACGAUCUCGAAGAACUCCAAAAAAAAAAGAAAGAUGUUCUGAAUAGGUGCGUCUUGAAGACUCGAAGUGAAGACGAAGCCUACAAUAAUCACUAUGUGCAGGGAUAUGUACUGAAAAACGUCACGGGAGCGGAUAAAAAACUGUGAUGAUUUGAGCAGAAACGAACUAGAUUUUCUAGAAUACAACAAAGAACAACAGAAGAAGCGUCUGUUACUCAUGCAAAAUAAAACCCCGUUCUAGUAUGUACACGGAGAUAAUUUGGGGUUUGGACACUGCAAGUUAGAUGGUGUGUCAGCGUCUCCGAUAAAACAGGAGAGGUCUAUUACUUUACAUAUCUAGCAUGCAGGCGUUUUUUUCCUACUGUCAGUUUAUCUUAACCAGGGCACCAUACAACUACUGUACUUUCUAAAAUGGUCAAAAUAAAAAAGUGCCUUGAUGGUU